AUGGCUGGAGGCAGCCGCGCGUUGCAUCCCGCCUUCGGGAGAAAGCACGGCUGGGGGUGGUGGGACAAGCCCUGGCUGGAGAGGUCCUGCCUUGGUGAUCUGAACGUCUCCUACGGGAAGGACCUGAGAUACGUGUGUCAGGCUGGCCUGAUUCGGACAGACAGCAACGAGUUCUUCAUCGAGCCCCUGGAGAGGGGGCAGCAGGAGACGGAGGAGCACGGGAGGGCCCACGUGGUCUACCGCCGGUCGGCCAUCCGGCAGGAGGGCACUGAGCCCCGCCAGGACCUCCACCCCGAAGCGCCCAGCGUGCGGGUGGGCGAUCUCCCCAACUCCCUGGAGCUGAUGACGGAGCAGCUGGGGGACGCGGAGCGCAAGAGGCGUCACGCCAGGAAGGACGACUACAACAUCGAGGUCUUGCUGGCGGUGGAUGACUCGGUUGUACGCUUCCAUGGGAAGGAGCAUGUCCAGAACUACGUCCUUACCCUCAUGAACAUAGUUGAUGAAAUUUAUCACGAUGAGUCCCUGGGCGUCCACAUCAACAUCGUGCUGGUCAGGAUGAUCAUGGUGGGAUACCGCCAGUCAGUCAGCCUGAUAGAGCGAGGGAACCCGUCUCGGAGCUUGGAGCAGGUCUGCCGCUGGGCUCACUCGCAGCAGCGCUCUGACCCAGAGCACGCCGAGUACCACGACCACGCUGUAUUCCUCACCAGGCAAGAUUUUGGUCCCGCAGGUAUGCAAGGUACUGUAUUUAUCUCGAUCAGCUGCUUUGAGAAGGUCCUUGUCAUCGCGGAGGCUUCGCUGAGGUUGCGUGGCGUGUUGCAGGCAGAAGCGAACUCGCUCUGCAGGUUAGGCAUGGAGCACGACGGCCAGGGCAACCGCUGUGCUGACGAGACCAGCAUGGGGAGCAUCAUGGCACCGCUGGUCCAGGCCGCCUUCCACCGCUACCACUGGUCCCGCUGCAGCAAGCAGGAGCUCAACCGCUACAUUCACUCCUACGACUGCCUCCUGGAUGACCCCUUCGAGCACCAGUGGCCCACGUUACCCGAGCUGCCGGGCAUUAACUACUCCAUGGACGAGCAGUGCCGCUUCGACUUCGGCGUGGGCUACAAAACGUGCACGGCGUUCCGCACCUUCGACCCCUGCAAGCAGCUGUGGUGCAGCCACCCGGACAACCCCUACUUCUGCAAGACCAAGAAGGGGCCACCCUUGGAUGGGACCGAGUGCUCUCCGGGCAAGUGGUGCUUCAAGGGUCACUGCAUCUGGAAGACAUCGGAGCAGCCCUACAGCCAGGACGGCAGCUGGAGCUCCUGGUCCAAGUUCAGCUCCUGCUCCAGGACCUGCGGGGGAGGCGUGCGCUCGCGCAGCCGGAGCUGCGACAACCCGCCCCCGGCGUACGGCGGGCGCCACUGCCCGGGAGCCACCUACGAGUACCAAGUGUGCAAUGCCGAGGAGUGCCCGGGGCCCUACCAGGAUUUCCGCGCCCAGCAGUGCUCCAAGCGCAACUCCUACUACACCCACCAGAACAGCAAGCACGCCUGGCUUCCCUACGAGCAUCACGACGAUGCUCAGAAGUGUGAGCUGAUCUGCCGGUCGGAGGGAACGGGGGACGUGGUCUUCAUGAAUCAGGUUGUUCACGACGGUACCCGGUGCAGCUACCGAGACCCCUACAGCGUCUGCGUCCGGGGCGAGUGCGUGCACGUCGGCUGCGACAAGGAGGUCGGCUCCCUGAAGCAGGAUGACAAGUGCGGGGUCUGCGGGGGGGACAACUCCCACUGCCGGACGGUGAAGGGCACGCUGGCCAAGACCCCCAAGCAGCCGGGUGAGCUGAAGAUGUUUGAGAUCCCAGCUGGGGCAAGGCACCUUCAGAUAGAAGAGAUGGAGCCGGCGUCCCACAGCAUCGCUGUUAAGAAUCAAGCCACGGGUGACUUCAUCCUUAACGCCAAAGGCAAAGAAGCCAAAAGCCAAGUGUUCAUUGAGAUGGGCUUGGAGUGGGAAUACACCGUUGAACACGGCAAGGAGAGCCUGAAAACCAGUGGUCCUCUGCACGAGGCCAUCAGCGUUUUGGUCAUCCCUCAGGAGGAGGAGGAGGUGAGGAGCAGCCUGAUGUACCGGUACAUCAUCCACGAAGACCUGCUGCCCAUGAUUGGAAACAACAACGUCCUGCUGGAGGAGAUGGAUUCCUACGAGUGGGCCCUCAAGAGCUGGUCUCACUGCUCCAAGGCAUGCGGAGGAGGAAUAGUGAUCUUGGAGAUGAUUGCUCCUAAAGCUCGCAUGGACACACUGGGAGGUGCUGUGCCGGAGGGCAGGCAGCGCACCUGGGUGGCCGAGGAAUGGGGUGCCUGCAGCAAGUCCUGCGGCAAGCUGGGGGUGCAGGCGCGGGCGGUGCAGUGCGUGCAGCGCCUGCAGGACGGCACCAACCGCACCCUGCACACCAAGUACUGCCCCGGGCAGCGGCCCGAGACGCGCCGGCCCUGCAGCCGCCUGCCCUGCCCCACACAGUGGAGGACGGGCGCCUGGUCUGAGGUGAGCUGGGGUGGGGGGGAAGGAGCCCCCCGGCCUCACGGCGGGGUCUGGAGGAGGGGGACCGGGGCUGGGAGCGAAGGCUCAGGUGCUUGCAGAUGCCCCCAACCUCCUGUGGCGGCCGGGCAUCGCGGUGCUCUCUCCACAGGGAAGCUCUCUGGCGUCACCUCCAGUGCUGACGACCACGGCACGCCCAAAGGGCAGCAGGUACCCCAGGACGGACCCAAAAAUCCCGUGAGCAAGAUCUCCUCCAGGGAGCCUUGCCUCGGGGACAAGUCCAUCUUCUGCCAGAUGGAGGUCCUGGCUCGCUACUGCUCCAUCCCCGGUUACAACAAGCUCUGCUGUGAAUCCUGCGGCAAGAAAGCCUCCUCCUCCGGCCACCAGCACCCUUGGGACCCAGCGGCUGUGGGGCAUCGAAAUGGGGAGGACUAG